AUGGCCGGUAAGCAGUCGUACACAACACUCGUCCCUACCACCGCCACCCUCAGACCACCCACAGGUGGUACAGAGAGACGACAACACGGGACGAAACGACCCUCGAUGAAAAGCACUGAGCUAACGAUGAAGCCAGACGAACCGCGCCGCUCCGGUCGGGCCACCAAAGGCCAGCACAAGAACCUCGAACUACCUGAUGCUCCUUCGAAAAAGGGCAAGAGCAAGAGCCCCAAAGAUUCAAAAGACAAGUCUAGCAAAGCCUCCGCCGAGCCCACCCCCGGUCCCAGCGAUGGAGAAGAAGAGGAAAUCAUCCGAUGCAUCUGUGGAGAAUACGAGGAGGAGGAAGAUGUCGAGCGAGACAUGAUCUGCUGUGAUCAGUGCUCUGCGUGGCAACACAAUGACUGCAUGGGGUUGACCUUCGCCAAGGGUCAAGAACCCGAUCAGUACUAUUGCGAGCAGUGCAAGCCCGAGAAUCACAAGGCUCUCCUAGACAAGAUCGCAAAGGGCGAGAAGCCUUGGGAAGAGGUCGCCGAGAGACGACGACAGGAGGCCGCGGAGAAGAAGUCCAAGCGAAAGAAGGGCAAGAAGGGUGGCCGAAAGAGCCAAGGCAAGACUGAAGUCAGCACUCCAGCUCGUGCUGGAACCUCUGCUACACCAGGCCCUGGUCCGUCCCCUGCCACUGGUGCGUCCGCAUCGGCCGAACCAGAGAAGAAUGGACAUGGUGGCGAUUCUCGGCGCUCGAGCACCAACAAGCGCAAGCUCGAGGAGAGCGUGGAGGCCGAUAUGGGCCCCCAGGUCAAGCAGCAACGCAUCUCACCCCCAUCCACGACGGAGUCAGCUUCGAAGCUCAAAGCAGAGUCUCCCGCAGAUACCCUGGCGGGGGUUACUGUGGAUGCGCUUGUGAACCCUGCUCGCAAGAGUGCGGCUACUGCGCUCAUCAGACUAUUUGUAGAUCAGAUCACUGCGGCUCAGAGGAAAGGCUCAUACAAGUCUUCUGCUGGAAAUUCAGCUGAAGAUGCUGCACGACAACUCGGUCUCUCCAUCGAGGAUGCCAUGUAUCACAAUUUCUGCGGACGGGCGGGCGAACCUACCGAGCCAUAUAAGUUGCAAUUACGAACGAUCCUGUUCAACGUAAAGAAGAACCCUUCUCUACGGGAUCGCUUGCUUGUAGGUAGUCUGUCCCCAGAGUCUCUGGCUAGGAUGAAACCAGAGGACAUGGCUAGCGAGGAGUUGCAACAGAAGGAUGCCGAGAUCAAGCGAGAGGCUGAGCGACAGCACAUUAUCAUCCAAGAACAGGGACCCCGGAUCCGACGAACACACAAGGGAGAAGAGCUGGUGGAGGACGAGACUCACACUGCCGCGACCGAGUCAGUCUUCUCUGCUGGCCCUCGCCGUGCCACCGAGGCAGACGGCAGCCCUAGCGACCAAAGUCCACUUACUGCAAAGGGACAGCAGUCGAACAAUGCCCGCGGUAAUUCACCUACUGGUGGACAUCAUGAUCAUGUCUUCCCUGAAGUCUCGACGAACAUCCGUGAGCCAGUGCCUCAUGGUGGCAAGAUCCAGGCCGAUGCUGAAAUUGACCAGCUGCUCCGCGACGACGAGCCUGAAUCUCCCCCUUAUUCACCCAAGGAUUUUAAUGACGACGGUCUUGUCUGGCAUGGCAAGGUUGCCAUGGUUCCCGUUUCUGAAUUCACAUCCUCUGCCAAACAUGUUGGAGGCGCGGACCUGAGCGGAAGAAUUCCAUGGAGUCAGCUAGCGCCUCCCACGCUGCUGGUUGAUGGCCGUAUCGACAUCCAGCUUGCCAGCAGCUAUCUGUGUGGUCUGCGAUUCAGCUCUUCAACAGACGUCUCCGUGAUUGCCAUCAGCAGUCCAGAUCUGCCUGGCGAGCGUGCAGGCUUUGACAAGCUAUUCGACUACUUCAAGAAUCGUUCGCGCUAUGGUGUUAUCGGCAAACAUCCGUUGUCGGCUGUUAAGGACACCUACAUCAUUCCAAUCGAAGCCGGUACCACUACGAAACCCGAAUUCAUUGAAUUGCUGGAGAACAACACCCUUGAAGACACCAUCAACGAGCGUACCCUCCUCGUUGUCUUUGUUGUGAAGACCGGUGAAUCCAACCCACCUUCCGUCCAGCCGCCAUCUCAUCAGCCUAGCCAGGAGCCAGGAGUCUCUGCAAGUCCGCUGACGGCUGCUGGUGCUACACCUCAGCAACCGCCAUUUAUGACUCCGGGGCAUGGCUCAACUCCUCAGGUGGCCCCAACACCUCCCGCCACCCUUGGCGGACCUGCCCCUAAUGCUGCUGAGUAUGCUCAACAACCAGCUACACAGUCAGCUCAGUUCCCGGCUUUCCAGCAACAGGCCCUCACCGGAGUGGCCGCCGCAAUCCAAGUGCUUGGCGCGCAAGUCAACGCGCCAGCCAUUCAACAACUCCUCAAGACAGCCCCAAAUGUGGACGUGGCGCAGUUGAAUGUCGUUCGUGACAUCCUGGCCCGACAGCCUGCAGCAGCAGCAAACUAUGAUGCUCUCAUGCAGGCACUGUUUGAAACUCAGGCGAACGGCCAUGUCGCCCCUGCAAAUGCUUAG